CAAACACCCAUUAAAGAUUGAUUCUUAAGAACCCCAUCUCAGUGUUGUGUUCUCAUCACCUCCCAUUUCUAAUCAUCUCUCUCUCUCUCUACCCAUGUUACUUCUUGACAACUUUGUCCUACAUUAAGGCAUGUUUUUUGUUAUAUACAAGGAGAGAUGCAUGCAUGAGUAGUCAGAAUUGAAGUGGCCGGCCGGAAUCAUCAAUUUUAUUUUGGUUUUUGUCUUUCCAUUCUCAACCAGCCAGGCCCCUCUCUCUCACUACCAAAAUCUUUUUAUCUCAAUCCAUUGCUCCAUUCCCUUCCAAUCUCCAUAACCUUCUUUCUUUCUUUCUGCCCGGAAUCAUCAAUUUCUUUCUUGCAGAUCAGAAACCCUAACCUACAAUUCAGUGAAGGGAUUAGUCACUGCGUCUGAGGCUGAAAAUUUUGAGCUAUAUCCAAAAUAAAGAUCAGGAACCCUAAAAAGCUUGUGCCCUAACUUUAAUGGCUUCCCCUAAUCGUCAAUGGAAUCGCUGUUCCAUUCAAACUAGGUUCACGUACCGAUUCCUCCACGCGCUGAGGAGACUCAGGCUCGCCACGCGCCGCCAGGCCCCAUCCGCGCUUUCAACUCCGGCGCCGCCGGAGAAGGAAAUAACGUACUACAGAAGAUGCCGGAGCGUGAAACGCGCCGCCUACGCGUCCAUGGCUUCAGCGGUGGGGACGAGGCGGGCGUGGAGCCGCGCGCAGCUUCUCAGGUUGCGCCGCCCUGCAGCGGCGGCGGCGCAGGUUCAGCGCGGCGGUGGUGCGGUGAGGAGAAGGGCGGUUGUGGCGGAGGACGGCGGCGGAAACCCUAGCGAUGAAACGACGACGGAAGAGCUCCGGCAGCUUGUCCCCGGCGGCGAGGUUAUGGAUUUGUGCAGCUUGCUGGAUGAAACGGCGCAUUAUAUUAACUGUCUGGCGUCGCAGGUACAAAUCAUGAGAAGCAUUGCUGAUUUAUUCUCCACCUAAUAAUAUUAUAUAUUUAUAUAUAUUUCUUGUAAUAUAUAUAUAUGAUGCAUGAUUGUAUGGAUGGUGUACGUACGAUAUAUAUAAUAUAAAUAUGUAGCAGAUUAAAUAAGUUGUACAAUUGUAUGGACGAUUGUGAGAGCGGUCUAUUGGCCUUAUUUAUUUGUUUUGGUCAAUUAUGGAUAAUCUAGAUUGAUUUAUUUCAGUGUAGUCUUCUGUCCGAUUAUGGUCACAAGACAGGAUUUACUCCAUACACAUCCUCGAGUAAUGAUUAUGCAUGUUCAGUUUCUUUCA